AUGGUGCUCCUAGAACGAGUCCGAGAUGAUAUUAGAGAAACAAAGAAACUGCAUGUACACAUAUACAACGCUUUAAAGAAGGCCUUGUAUAAACCAGCAUGCUUCUUCAAGGGACUUUUGUUCCCACUCAUAGCGAGCGGAACCUGCACACUCCGAGAAGCACAGAUUGUAUCCAGUGUGAUAACGCGAGUGUCUAUACCCGUCCUUCACUCCGCCGCUGCACUCCUCCGGUUAUGCGAGAUAUCAGCGGAACAAACCAUAUCCUCUUUCAAUGCAGAGGGCACGGGUGCUACAAACAUGUUCAUCCGUGUAUUCCUAGAUAAGAAAUAUGCACUGCCAUAUAAAGUCAUUGAUGCCUUGGUAUUCCAUUUCCUCCGCUUCCGUGCUACGAAACCCGAUGAGAAUGGCGAUGCAAAUAUGAAUGGGACAGGAUCAUACUCAGCCGCUGCUGCAAGAGACUAUAAGCUUCCCGUCCUAUGGCACCAAUCGCUUCUUGCAUUUGCCCAGCGUUAUCGUAACGAUAUCACGGAGGACCAGCGUGAGGCGCUACUUGAUCUUUUGCUGUCAAACGGGCAUAAAGAUAUUGGCCCAGAGGUACGGAGGGAGCUGCUGGCCGGAAGAGGAAGAGGAGUCGUCGUACCCGAAGCUGUUGAAAACAACGGAGGCGAUGAUACUAUGGAUAUGACGAUAUAG